AUGGAGAAUCACUUUACCACCUCCCAACCUACUUGGUCUUCAGAAAGCGGGACUCGCUUCAACAGUCCACCGAAGCCCCAGUCCAGCAUGAACAAACUCGAACCACCACCGACUCCAGCGUACGACGCAUCCGCUCUCUUGAUCCAACCAUCGCCACUCCUUACAUCGUCCUUACAUUCUCGUCACUCGGCAUCUUCGGCCCAGGAAUCUGCUUAUCUACGCCAGGCGAAAUGGCUCCAGUGGAUUCGAUGUACGCUGGCAAUAUUGACCAUUGCCACUGCCACAGCCGCUGUGGGCUGUGAGGGACAUGUUUUGCACAGCUAUAACAAAACACACAUGGGUUCCAAGUGGCAUCUACCACCGCUUUGGCCGACGAAUGUGGAUGUGAGGCCAACUUUGGCCGUUUUGAUUGCAGCCACCCUCAUCAUCAUCCUCAGUCUCAGUUAUGUGGUUGUAUCGCUCGUUCCAACGCCUUACUCCCGUACGCUCAUGUACAAUUUUCUCUUCCUUGCUUCUUCUCUAGCAGGCAUUGUCCUCGCCCUCUUCGCCAUCCCUUUCAACAGCAUUCUCACCAAUUUCGCAUCUCAUCAUCAACGAGACUCGAUCCAAUCAUGGACAUGCAAAUUCUCCCACGGUGCCUCGCAAUUCAUGGCCGAUGCCCACUCCCUACAAAUUCCAGUGUACGUAUCCCACGGGAUCCCGAUACCUGCGGGCUUCAAGAGGUUGUGCAUGGAAAGUGAGGUGAGUCAGGGCCUGAUUGCGGGGCUGCUGGUGCUCGAGGCGGCGAGUGUGGGCGUGGCGGUUGUGGGCGUGUUGUUGGAAAGAAGCAUGGCGAAGAAGCGGAUGCAGAGGUACGCUGAGAAAGGGGAGAAGCAGACGGUGUAUUUUGAUAAGAAAUAG